GGGGUUGUGUUUUGGGGGUCUCCCAUCUCUCUCAUCUCUCCCUACCUUGGACCCGGCGGCACAACCUCCCUCUCUCAUUCUCUCCUAAAUCUCUCUGCCGCACCCAGCAAAGCUCGAUCUCUCCCUCUCCCUCCCCCUCAUUCUCUCUGCCUCGCCACCGCCAUACAUAGCCACGACCACGCCUGAGAGUUUCUCUCGCCGCCGUCGCGCUCAUCACCAUCUCCACCGUACCAGACCACCCCUGCUCUAGCUCCUCCCUCUUCCUCUUGUUCUCCCUAACUCCUGUCAUCCUCACCGGCAGACGACGGCCAUCACCAACCUCACCAACUGACGAGGAGCUCAUACACACAACCCCAUCCUAUAGCCCAGCAUGGCGUCACCGUCGCCGGCAACCUCUCCAGCCCACAGCUCCAGCCACUCGUCAUCUCCGUCUCCAGCCAAGCCCCACCACAGACGGCCACUCCACAUAGCCACAUACUCCACGCACGCCCGCAGGCAACAGCAGAGACGUCCGCUGAGCAGGACUCUCCCUCUCCUCUCUCAUGGCCCUCACGCCACAGCAGCAGCAGGAGCCCAGGCAGCAACCACUCCGACCAUCCCAUGCACGGCACCACCCAACUCCGGCGGCCACUCCCUUGUCCUUCAGGUAGCCGCAAUUAGCAUCCUAACGUCUAGAAGCGGGGGGUAUUGUUAGCUACUACUAGUACCUAUUAGGUAUGAGUUUUUGUAUCCGGGUUGUCGGGAUGUUUUUUUUUUGUAGGCGCUCGGAGUAUGUUGUACCUAUGGGAAUGUAUAUCCUAGUUUUGUAUACACUCUGGUAUGAUAUUGUAUAUGUAUAAAAAAUCACAUUCUGCUGC